UUCUAGUUUUUCUUAUUAUAGGAAAAAAAGUAGCACACCUUAUAAUUCUAGUGGAUCAUGCGUCCGCCCAAUUGCAUCUCGGGAAUGAUCGAUUGUCAUGUUGUUGAUCGAUAUGUCGCGGCCGGGCUAUUUAAUUUUAAGUUUCGCAGAUGCCCCAAAGCCUAGGCUCUCCGCGCCGCGUUGUCAAAUCAUGGAAGAUGGAGUUGCCUACUAGUAGUACUAGUCCUACUGUGGUACAUGUAGAAACUCUGCGAUCGGUGCUCCAUCCAUCUUUCAUACAAGUUCUUUCAAACCCUACCCUUAUGCUUCAUGUAGCUUGAUCAAACGCCUGGAGGCCCUACAUUGUAUGUAUUUUGGCUCCUAAGAUAGAGUCAGGCUGCAAUAUUCUUCUGGUAUACCGUUGAGAGACCUUUUCCGUGAUUCCUGCACGGACAUGGCAGAGCUGAGUGAUAUGGAGAGACUUCGAGCACAGAAUUUGUCGUUGCUUGAGGAACUGCGAAAGGGACAGCGUGACUUGCGAACAUCCUUCAGGUCUGCUGCCAUCAGUAGAGGGAGCCCUUCAAGACAGCCUGUCCUUCAAGACAAGACAAAGGAGCUGAAUGUGCAGUUCCCGAGAGAUCCACUAAAUCUUUCAAUGGUGAAUGGACGUGAGCCAACAAGUGCUGUGUCGUGCUCUCGCCUUACGAGCACACCAAAGUUGGCCAACUCACCUGCCAAGCCUAACCUCAGAUCACAUCAAGGAGAAGAACCCUUUCCAGAUUUGCCGGUGGUGAACCCUGUGCAGACCGACACUCCCAACGAACUGUACGAAAGUUUCCUCAGUGAGAGUCAUUCCGCAUUUAGACGAAGCCAGGGGAAACCCACUAAAGUGGUGAGCGUCGGCCAGACCUCACGGAAAACACUGGGCGGUGGUAGACCAGGAAUAUCCGGAAACGUCAGACGGAAAAGGCACACACCGAGAAAACUUCCCAAGCACCGCCAGGGGACAGGUGUUCCCACAUUCACCCCAAGUCUUGGUCACAGUCGACCCCAGACACCGUACUCGGUGCAACUGGAGACAUCGAGCCUACUCCCUCCGGAGCAAGAGAAUCUAAGGGGUCAGAGGUCACGGUAUGGGUACCGACGACCCCUUGACUUAGCCCACGAAGAAUCCUAUUACCAGAUAAACAGUGACAGCCCAAAAGGCACCAGACCACAUAUCAGUCAGCUCGGGAAGAGUUUUGCCAAGCAACUCCUGUCUGAAGGCAACGACAGACAACAGACAAAGAGAAGUCGUGACGAUCCGUCAAAACCAAAGUCCAUUUUACUGACCCCCGGAAGUAAACUAAACAAGUCGAGGAAUAGAGUAAGCUUCCGUCAGUCUCCGAGUGCCUCGAUGACCCUUGACCCUAACGACAGCGUGGCCAACCGCAGCCAGCCUCUCCUAGGCUACGACUGGAUCGCGGGGUUGCUGGACGCGGACGCGCCAGUCAGCGAGCACUCCGAAGCUUACUUUGAGGAAUUGCGACAGUUCCGGCAAGCUAACAGAGAGGAAUGCGUUCAUAAGCCGAGGACGGGCGAGCUGGAUGCGUCAGCUGCAACACCAAGCGUCCUUGGUGGUUUUGAAAAAGAAACAAAGCCAGACAAGCACACCUGCAUUCACAACUACACCUUGAACCCUCGUCUGUUUGCUGUGCCCUUGCACGGUACCCAGACCGGCGAGAGCCUGUGCGCCAUCUGUAACGAUCGUAGGCAGCCCAAGCAGCCUGGAGCCAGUUCACCGUCCUACAUCAGGGUGAGCAUUCCAAGAUCAACCCUAGCCUCCCCCUAUAAGAUCCGCCCCCAUCGGAGGAAAAGCUACGACCCAACAGACUCGGUGGGACUGUCACAGCACUGCCUGGCUGGUUGGCAGAGCUCCAAACCUUCCAUGCUGCCAGCGGCAUCCAACAUCGACUUGAAGGAUUCAGUGGACAAGUUGGCUUCGGACGCACUGAAUCUGAUGUCUUACCCAUCACAGGAACCCUCCUAUCCCAUCGAGAGAUCAGCAAGACUCUCCAAGCACACCCAGGAGCUGCUGAAUCGCUCCCACGCCCUGCGGCUGGACCUCCAGAAAUUGGAACGGGUGGGGAUGUCAGUGGCCCGACUCCCUCCUGGGCCAGAUUCAGCCUCCCACCCCGUGCUUUGACAACAGUCCAGAUAUGUGAUGGAAAUCGCAAAGCCCACUUCAGCUUUAAUGGCCUUAGAAAGAAUCUUGUACAACAUAACAUCAGAAGGAACCUUCAACAUUGUUCACCCACAUAGUGCUGCUUUUUUUCUUAUCAGGAUACCAAACUGAGCGAUGCAUCAAAGCUCAGUUUACACUUUCCAAGACUAAAUCUCAAAAACUAGUUCCGGUAACUUCUGACUCUUUCAGAAGCAAAAGCGUGUUUGCUUGAGCGUUAUGCAGUUGGCCGUGUUGGGAAAACAGUGAUGGUGUGUUGACGAUACCAAGUAUUUUUGCGACAAAAACUAGCGGCAUGUUGAUCGACUUGGUUGUCCUUGAUCGAUAUAUGUCACUGUUUGUAUCUGACAAGAAACAAAAGCUUUGGUCAGUUCAGUCAUAGCUAUGGUAAAAGAAAAGCUGGUCUUUUUUGUUGUUUUUUUCAGAUGGAUGAGAUAUGUUUCUGGUCAUCGUGUUGAUGUCAUAUAUUUCUCGAUUUGGGCUUCAAAAUUAUACUGCCUGUUUACAGAGGUGAAUUUUCAAUUUGCUGUAUAUGACAUGCUCCUGUUCUCCUAGAGCAAAAAGAAACCUUUUUGUGAACCAAACGGGUUGAGUUAUAACUUCCUGAAUGAAGACCGACACAGUUUAAGUAAUUUCGGAUUUGAAAGAACAAACAUCUUUUGGACAUGUUUUCGUUGAGUGGCUGGCUUGAAUAAGCCUUUUGUGAGUAAAUUUGAAUAAAAUCUGGUACCCUGUGCUAUCUUAUUUCACA